GUCAUGGAUAUUUAUCUCGAAAUAUUGUUAUUGUAACAACUCCCUACAGGCAAAGCAUACAAGGGUAUUCCCGAGGUAGCCAUUUGCUAUUCCACUCAGCGUUUUAAAAGAUUCAAUGAAUGGUUUUUUUGGUAAAAAUCGCAAAGCCAUGUGAGGUGUUGGCUGUUGUUGAUGUUGGUUCGUCUUGCAGUCGAGAACUUGUUUAUUGCGGAAAACAUUACACAUUUUAGAAGUGUCUUCGUCCAGAAAAAUUCUACGAAAUGUAUGAAGUGAGAGGGAUGGAAGCGCCUUUAUUUGGCGAGACCAGGCCAAGAGACCGGUACCUCAACUACUUUAUCGGUGUUGCAACAUCAUUAUUAGUGCUUUUUACAUUUAUAAGUUCUUUAGUGAAGCCAUGGCCACCUGCACCAAACCAUGUCUUCCUCUCUGUUGCUAUAGUCUUUGUCUGUAUAGGAGAACUUGUGUUGAUAUUUUGGUACAGAAGGGGAGACCUGGAUCCCAAGUUUCGCCAGCUCAUUUAUUAUAAUUGCUUCACAUUGGUUUUAUUGUGUGUCUGUGCAAAUGUGUUUUUCUACGACAAUAAACUAUAGCUGCAGUUGGAUCUUCAUAUAAAGACUCCCUUGCUGAGUAUACAAGCAUGCAACGCCUUGGCUGGACACGUUGCAAUUCUGUAGAUGGUAUUCUAAAGAGACAGAGAUUUAUAAGAAUAGAUUAUUUAUGCAAGAUGUCUGUAACACCCACAUUUCACAGCACUGGCUCAUGCUAAGAGUUGGCAGAUGGGUUCACUGCGUUUCUCUGCAAGUUCUUCCUAUUUGUUGACUGCAAUUGUAAUGAUUACUAAUUUUUUAAACAAAACUAUCUUGAGCUUUUUGGUUGGCUUGUACCUUGAGAUGGAAUGCAGGCAAACAGAUGCCACAAUGAAUAAUGUAAUAAUUUCUGUGCCCUAAAAAUAAAUGGCUUUAUUAUGCUAAAA